CGUAGGGGGACGAGGUGGGUGGCAGUGCAGGCGAAGAGGAGGUACACAGAGUGUUCCAGGGCGAAGCGGGCCAAGGAGAGACAGGGCGAAGGGGGGAGGAUGAGCAAUUUGGGGGAGUGUGCUCAACACUCUCAACACUCGAAAGUACCGCUUCAUAUACCCUCACCGCCAAUUGCCCCUCUCUUUCCUCAUCCCUGUCAUCACAUCCCCACCCUUUCUCCCGUCUGCCCUUUCCUUCUAACCCAUCCCUCAUCCACCUCUGCAUCAGUCCACAGCUCACUCCAUGACGGGCACCCUUCCCCUCGGUAAGGCUCCUCAUGCCUCCUUCAACGGACUGUAGUCUUGACCUAUUCUCGUUUUUUGUUUUUUCUUUGUUUCGUGUGCACUCCAAGAAAGCGAAUCUCAAAACGAGACAACCCCUCAUCAUCCUUAUUUGCUUCCCAUCUAUAGAGAUUGCUUCUUCCCUACGACUUGUCCUUGUCGGAGACACCGGCAUCGGCAAGUCAAAGUCACGAUCCUUGUUCUUGAGCAGUGUUCCUGGACAGGUUCACGCACAAAGCAGUGGCCAGUCACCCUCGAGUCCUGAUAUCGAAGCCCUCGCUAUUCAGGACGCCAGCAACGAGAACUCUCAGCAUCAGGAUGUAAACAGACAGCAGCAGACCGAGACUUCAACUUCCACUGCCGCCAACGGAACAGCGCAUGUGGGUGGAGAGGCAGAUAACAACGAAUACCUCGCCAAGGAGGCUGUCAGUACCCUUGAGAUCCCUGCCUGGCUGCUUGUUUCCGGAAAGGGUGAUAACAACACUGAAGGCGAGAGUGUCGAGGAAAUGGUCCCUGCUGAAAACAUAGUCUUGCACGACUUUGUUGGUUACGGUCAGUCUCUGGAUGCGCGCCAGACCAUCGACAGAGUUGACGCUUUCCUCACGGAACAAUACAUUGCCACCCGUAACCUGUUCGGCGCUUCCAUCACGCCUCUCUCGACAACCAGUCGUCCUGGAGCACCUUCGGCCGAGGAGCAACAGCAACCACAACCGUUCAUCGAACAGCUCCUGGUCGACUCCCCCAUGGCACAUUCGUUGCCCGAUGCCUGUCUUUACUUUGUCCUGUACGAUCUCAAGCCUGUCGAUAUUGUCUUUAUGAAACGCAUCAUGAACCACGUCAACCUGAUCCCCAUCCUCGCCAAGGCUGACACGCUCUCUGUCAAUCAGCUCUGGAAGGCCAAAGCCAAGAUCCUGAAGCAGCUUCAGGAUAACCAGAUCGAGUUCUUCCGGUUCGGACUCACACAUGAGGAGUUGAGGGAAAUGGCGGCGGAAAAGCUGGCAGGUGGUCCACCCUUUGCGCUUUCGACCGCAGAAUUGGAGGCUCAGAACGUCAAUGCAGUGCCUGCAACAAACCUGACGGAUCUGGCGAUAGCGAUCAAUGAAGGCAAGUUUGCGGAUUCUCAUUCGGACCUUCGCCUUUUACAGACUCUGCUGUUGGGGUCCAAGAACAGGCUGCUGCACCAGGCUUCGGUGAAGAAGUUCUUGAGCCGCUGGAGGACUGAUUUGGGUCUACCUUUGGAGGACGCGCCCUCGUCGCCUUCUACAGAUGGGCAGGAUCCAGCCCCGCAACAGGAGACAGAUGAUCAACAGGUGCAGUCGCAGAAGCAGGAGCAGGAGCAGGAGGUACCAGCAGAGAAUGUUCAGUCUGCUGAGCCGGUCCAGGAACAGGAUCAGGGGCAAGAACCAGAGCAGCAGGAGCCACAACAACAAGAGCAACCACAACAAGAGCAACAGCAGCAACAGCAACAGCAACAGCAACAAUCCCCAUUGCAGCAGCAAGCAUCUUACCUGCAGCCAGUAGCUCAGCAUCAAUUGCCGUUGGCAUUGCAGCAGCAGGCGUAUCAGCCUACAUCGUCGUACACACAAUACGCCGGCCAGCAGAACAAGGCCCUAGGAGCACAGGACGACGAGGUUGUGCAGGUCAUCAAGUUGAAUCGGGCGCAAAGUGUGAUCCGCUCAGCAUCGCCGUCGACCAGGAUCUAUACCCAGGGAAGCAUCACCCCCGCAGUGCCAUCGUCGCUCGCUGAGCAACUCGAACUCGCUUAGCACAGGCGCGGAAUAGAGUGCGAUAUGCACGAUUUUGUUUAUUGUCUAGACAGAUACCGAA